GUGGGGGGUUAGCUUGACUGCAGUAAGAUGUUCGCAAUACAAGCCUAACACUGAGCAUUCUUCCGCGUAUUGGUUGUUUUUGACCUGUGUGGCCACCAUCAGCUGCUGGACCGAACUCGGCGCUGCUCUUUGUGGGGGGCUCAUGCAUCACUGCGGUCGCCGUUGUCUGUGACAGGAAAACCCUCACUCGGUAGAACUAAAGUUGCUGCAAUGGAGACUUCAUGGAAAGACGCAUACUAUGAAAUGGACCACCUGCCUCCCCUGCUCGAAGAUGAGGAGAAUGUGUCUCUGGCAGACAUCCUGACUUUGCGAGACAGCUGUCUGUCUGAGGAGGACGUGUGGGCAGUGUGUGCGGAGUGUGUCCUGGCUCUGCAGAGCAUUCGACCCUCCCACCUCUUCCACACUUUGUGCAUCACCCCAGACACUCUGGCCUUCAAUGCACAUGGGAAUGUUUGCUUUAUGGAACAACUCAGCGAUGAUCCUGAGGGCUUAUUUGUGCCUCCAGAGUUUGAUAGCACAGGGAGCACAUUUGAGGGCCAUGUUUUUUCUCUGGGCUCAACUCUGUCGGCUGCAUUGACUUUUGUGAUCGAACCCGAACUGGAAGCUGAGCUGGGUGAAGAAACUCAAAAGCUGUUGGAGAAAAUGCAGGAGAAGAAACCAGAGGAUAGACCACUCAUACAGGACAUCCUCUUUCAGGCUCAAACACGGCUGCCCCACACCUCGUCUGCGGCUGUGUGUCGUAAAUUGUCUUCCGUUGGACGGCGUGUGCUCUCCAUUGAAUCAAUAUCAAAUUUCCAAGAUGGACAAGAGAGCGGUGAGGCAAUUUGGCACCACUCAAAAUCCAAAAGACAGAGUUCCUAUGAGAUGAGCAAAGACUUUACUGUAAACACUGCUAUAAAGGCAAAUGGUCUUUCCAGACAACAGAUGAUCCUGAGGGCUUAUUUGUGCCUCCAGAGUUUGAUAGCACAGGGAGCACAUUUGAGACUUCAAUGGGGUUUUUUUGUUUGUUUUUAUGUUCAAUCUUUUGUGGCAAUACCCCAGGACAUCCUCUUUCAGGCUCAAACACGGCUGCCCCACACCUCGUCUGCGGCUGUGUGUCGUAAAUUGUCUUCCGUUGGACGGCGUGUGCUCUCCAUUGAAUCAAUAUCAAAUUUCCAAGAUGGACAAGAGAGCGGUGAGGCAAUUUGGCACCACUCAAAAUCCAAAAGACAGAGUUCCUAUGAGAUGAGCAAAGACUUUACUGUAAACACUGCUAUAAAGGCAAAUGGUCUUUCCAGACAACAGGUAUGUGUGGGUUGGGACUCCUCCCUCUGGGCUGAGGAUGCAGAUAAUGCUGACAGAUACUGCAGGGGUUCUGGAGAUGAGCCGGACUGCCGUUCUCACGAUAGCUCCCCAGUGAGGAUGAAAGCACAAAGGAGAUUCAACAGGACGAAGGGGGUGCUGAAUCGCUCCUGCUCUGUCCCUGACUCCAACAACCCACCUGGUCCCACUCCACCGCAUGGAAAUAUCAGCGUACCCAUAUCAGACCUAACAGAAAUCGGAGCGGAUGAACAUUUGUGUUGCAAGUCUGUGUGGGGCAACAGAUCCAAAAGACUCGCCCGAGGAAGGUCCUGUGAGUCGUAUCUACGCCGUAGUGCAGAAGAUUGUGUGAGCUCACUUGCUAACUAUUCAAUAUCAAGAGCAAAUGCAGAUGCUGUCGAGGCUUCUUGCGAUGAAGAAAGUAAUUAUCAAAAUUGUCAUGAAAAUGCAUUUAAGGAAGAGAGUCAGGAUGUCGCCCCAUCCUGCACAUCUGCUUCUCCCAACCCAGUGGAUGUCGAAUAUGACAACUUUGGGGCUAAAAUAUCCAAAAACCACAAGUCCUCCAUGCCGAAGAACUACAUGACCAAAAGCAUGCUUUUCCUCAAUGAAGAAUCUCCGGAUGAGUGGAUCACACUAAGAGAGUUACUUGCUCGCUGUGGACUGGGGCUGACGGCGAAUGAGCUCUGGGCUCUCUGUUACACCUGCCUCUCAUCCCUGCAGACCUAUCUUGACUUUCCUGCUUUCUUAUCCCUGGACACGGUGUACAUUAGCUUCCAGGGAGCGAUGCUUUUCUUGACACCUAAAAACUUUGUAUCUCAAGAUACAUUGUAUCUUUCCCCUGAAUAUCAAAACCAUGGAAUAGUUACUGAAAAGGCUUGUGUUUAUGGGGUUGCUGCUGUCUUGUGGACAACGGCAAAGUUCACACUGUUGCCCAGUGAGAAGCUUGUAAUGCCUCGCAAAUUGAAGCGACUUCUGCUUGACAUGGCCAACUGCACACCCAUCGAGAGACCUUCCAUUGCCAUGGCUAAACAGAGCUGUUGUGACUACUUAAGAAGUCAAGGGACAAAUGCUGAGAAUGUUUGGAACCAGCUCAUCAGCAGAGUUCAUCCGCCGAUGCUACUCUUUUUCCAGCCAGUCUCAAGAUCCACUGAUGGAGAAAAUUCGAUUGCAGAUGACACAAACCAAAGUUCCAGUAAAAAUACUCCUCAAAUGAGCAGUGGUAGGAAUGGGAAGAGAGUCAAAACAUUGGAAAUGGCAUUAACAAACAUGGACGACGGUUCAGACGCAGGGCUCUCUGAGAGAGGAGACCACUCUGCUGGGGUCAGUCAUGAAAGCCCUUCUGAAGCUGACUGUCAUUCCGAGGGGACGACGAGUUUGGCUGAUACUUGUGAAGAACAGAUGAGUUUGGACUGCUCAGAAGAAAUGGACGAAAGCAAUUUUCUGCUUUCAGAGCAGCUCAUCUCAUCCACAUCCAGAUUAGAGAGACCAGACCUGAACUUCAGGCCGGCCUGGGACUUGGCUUUCUUUGGAGAGGAUUGUUUUAGCGCAGAUGUGAUUGAAUAUGCCAUGAGUCUUGGCCAGUACACAGAAUCGCCAUGUCUGGAUGUGAAAACACAGGAGCUGCAGCAGCAACUGAUCAUUGAAACAAGGAAUCUUAAGAAAAUGAGAACUUUCUACCAGAAACUGAUUCAGCAAGAGAAAAAAAAAGGUUUUGAGAACAAAGGGAUACUGUCCAAACUCAAGGCCCAGCUUGAAGAACUGAGAUCCAAAGUGAUCUUCCUGGAUAAUGUCAAGAAAUACCUAGAGACAAAGAGUGUGGAUCAGUGGGGUUCAGACAUUGCAGUACUGACCUCUUUGUCUGCGUGUGGGCUGAACUCUUUGGCUGUCCAAACCUCCGAGGACACUUCCAUCUUGAGCUUUGCAACUUGCAAAGGAAAAAGAAAUCUGCAAGCAGGGACUCCUCUCGGUCUCAUGGCAUACCUGUAUGCAAGAAACGCUGCUUCAGAGGGGUUCAUCCAGCAGUUCCUGUAUACGUAUCGCUUUUUCUGCACUUCUGAGCAGUUACUGCAGUUUAUUAUGGAGAUGUUCAUCAGUGUAGUCAGAGAAUGUCCAGACAGAUCGGAAAAUCGUGCUAACAUCAUGCACCGCAGUUUGGACUUGUUGCACCUGUGGAUUAUGGAUUGCAAAACAGUCGACUUCAUGCCAAAGUCCAACAUUGUGGAUGUUUUGGAAAACUUCCUUCAUAAUGUGGUAAUUCCAGCGGAUGUGCGAGGGCGGGUCCUACUUGCUGCUCUCCACAGUCCUCCACGGACAAUUUGGAGCACAAGAAGAGAGAGUCAAAUUGGUUGUGUUGCGCAAUCCUUUUGGAGUCCAUUGUCGACUGAGGAUCAGGUGAAAAAGGAAACAGUGGCGGAAGCUUCAGCACCCAUGCCAAAAGAGAAGGCCUUCUCGAUAGCUGCAGCUCUGCCUGUGCCUUGCUCCAUCUCCCUGGCAUAUGACCCUUCCAGCAGUGAUGAGAAACUCACCUUCAGCCAGAAAAAUUACAGUGCAAAGCAUGUCGCUCAGCAACUCACCCUUCUGCAGCAGGACAUUUUCCACGGAUGUCAUCCGGUUCAUUUCCUCAACUCCAGAAUACAAGGCAUCAUAGAUAAGCCCUCAAGGAAAGACGACACCUCAAGUACUGGGUCCUUGCAAACUCCGCCAGCAGAGAGCAGCAGCCUGCCGCACGUAGGGACGCCAUCAGAGCCUUGCCUCCAGCAGCUGCUUGCUUACUCUGACAGCGUUAUGAAAUGGAUUGCCUGCGAAAUAGUCAUCUGCGACUCAGUCAAGGAACAAAUUGCCUUGCUAACAAAGUAUCUGUGGAUUGGGAAGCAUUGCUAUGAAUCCCGGAAUUUUGCAACAGCCAUGCAGGUCCUCGAAGGUUUGGAGAACAUGAUGGUCAGGCAAUUACCAGUUUGGAAACAUCUGUCUUCCAAGAUGCUUGAGAUUCUGGAGGAGCUACGAGCCGUACAGGUGUUCCUGAAGAGUGAUGACAUGUGUCUUAUUGCGGGAGAACACAAGAGAAGACCCACCCUGCCGUCAGCGCACAUCCUGGCCAUGCAUGUUCAACAGCUGGAAAUCGGAGCCUUCACAGUCACGAGCGGAGCUUUCAAGUGGCCAAAGCUUAGGAGAAUAGCGAAGGUGGUGAGUCAGGUCCACGCCUUCCAGGAGGUCAUUUUCACCUAUGGCCCGGACCGGGACUUGCAGACCUACCUUCGCCACCGCAUCACCAAGCUUGGCAAUUCCGACAUUCUCCUCCAGCCUGCUGCCGAUGAUGCUGAUUCCCAACAGUCCACUGAGCGUCAAACAAGGAGGGUUCAGGCCACCCUGAAAAAGGUUAAGGCCUCCUUGCAGUGAGCCGUGCCCUGCCCCCCGUCUCAAGACCCCAAAAGUCAUGUCAUGUGCAUUUUUAAAUGUGAUUUAAUUUUCCUCACUGUAUGUAUAUUUAUUUGACACAGAAAACAAAAAGAUUCCAACAUAGAUCAUACCUACAGGACCACUGGAUUCAUACAGCCAGGAGCCUGUAUGAAUCCAGUCUUUUCAUAUACAGGCAUGGCUGGACGCGGAUGUUUAGAUGAAACAUUUUAGCUGCAAGGUCAGAAACGAUCCAUAAAAGAUGCCAUGUGAGAAUUCAUCAGGAAACCCACUCCACAUAAAAGAAUAUGUAUCAACUGUGUUGCUUUUUCAAAAUGGUUUGAGGUCUGCAUUCAUUUCGUGUUUUCAGUAAAAGCGUGGAGUGAUGAGAAAAAGUUUCAUGUGACCUCAAAAGUAUCUACAUUGUUAAAUUAGCACAGAAUUUUUUUUGUUUUUUGCUUGAAAUGCCACUGAAUUGUGGAAACACGCUCUGUUCAGAAACACAAAUGUUGGCUGGUAGGAACACAUC